GAUGGAUAAGAGCUUCCAUCUAUUGUCUCUUCAGGGAACUUUGAUCAGCUGGAGUUCAACCUUAAUCUUUGUUUUUAAUUCUCGACAAUUAAUUAACCAAGUUUUUGUUUUGAGAUAUUUUUCUAUGACCUCUGAUCACCAUGUCUUCAAAUGCCAUGAAGCUCAUCGUUAAACAUCAUGUUCCAUUGAUUAAAUUUAGAAAAGGUGGAUUAGACAAAUUAACCUCUUUGGUAAAUGAACCAACAUCUAAAUCUUCAUCAUCUUCUAAAAACGUUAACAUGAUCAGACUUGAAGAUGUACCGUUAAAAUAUCAAAGGAAACCAUUAAGUAGCCUUGAAAUGGCGAUAAUUGAGAGAGGAGGCCCCGAUUUGUGAUCUAUUUACAAAUACACACUCACAUUGGAUUAAGAUUAUAUCGAUUUAGUAAAAGGGAAAAUAUUUAAUUACAAAUUCAUGUAAAAAUAGUUGUCAUCAAGAACACUAGAUGUCACAUAGGAAUGAACAGUUAGCCGAAUGUGAAAAAAACCAAAUCAAGAAACUGUAAUGAAUCUUGGCAACAAUUAAAUGUUAAUCAUUAAUUGGUGUUUUUAAAUUGUUACGCUUAUUAAUGGAAAUAUUAACCAUUAAUUUAAAGGUUAAUUAGUAAAUAUUUUGCUAAUUUAUUGUUAAUCUCCAAAGAGUAACCCUGGUUACCAAGAAAUCUACAGAUUAUCCCAAGUGAUUUUAUCUCAAAUUGUGAUCCAGAGAAUCGAGAGUCUUUUUCACUCUUUGUCUUUUCCACCAUUUUACCAAUUAGUUAUCGCUGUUAAUUUAAUUAGUUAAUUCGGUUACUCUCUAAUUCACCUAUUAACUGUUCCUGUUUCAUAUGUGAUUUAGUUUCCACCUAAAUAAUUUAAUAGUACACGGAGAGUUAAUCUCUCUAUUUGAUCAACUCUUCUCUUUUUUAGCUUUUUCUGUUUUAAUUUCUAUUGUUUUGUGUUAUUGUUGUGAUUAUUAUGGGCUUGUUAACACUCGGACAACCUCUGACCUGGGAUGAGACACGUAAAUAUGCUGAACAUGUUCGUGAACACGGAAUACAACAAUUUAUCCAUGCUUAUCAUAGACUAAAAGAUAGACAAGAUGAAUAUCUUAAAUGGGGCGAUGAGAUCGAGUACAUGCUGAUUAAAUUUGACAGCAAACAAGAGAAAGCCCGAGUUUGCCUUAAGGCUGGUGAGAUCCUUUCGAUUAUGGAUGAACGGGAAGCGAAAGAAGGUGACAAGCGAACUUGCCUUUGGAGACCUGAGUUCGGAGCUUUCAUGGUUGAAGGAACACCGGGUAUGCCUUAUGGAGCAUCAGAUCUUGAUAUUACUCUGCUCUCGAAUUUCAAUGAGGUCGAAAAGAACAUGAAAAUCCGAAGAAAGGAAGUUGAAUCAUUACUAUCCAAGGACGAGGCUCUUUUGUGUAUCACAAGUUUCCCCAGACUCGGAUGCAAAGACUUUACCUGGCCAUUAAUUCAUCACGAUCCUGCUAAAAGUGUCACCGGAUCAAUUUUUUUCCCCGACAAAGCGAUUUACCAAGGUCAUCCGAGAUUUCGAACUAUUGCUCAAAAUAUUAGAAGUCGAAGAAAAAGACGAGUGAUAAUUAACAUUCCCAUUUACCGUGAUGUCAAAACUCCCGAUCCUUUCAUCGAGGAUUUUACCGACAAUGAAGCGAAACAAGCGAUCAAAGCGGAUCAUGUUUAUAUGGAUGCCAUGGGAUUCGGUAUGGGCUGUUGCUGCCUUCAAGUCACUUUUCAAGCCUCGAAUCUUGAUGAAGCGAGGAUUUUGUAUGACCAAUUGACACCUUUAUGUCCCAUUAUGAUGGCUUUGAGUGCAGCAUCUCCCAUUCAAAGGGGGCAUCUUUGUGAUCUCGACUGUCGUUGGAGUGUAAUAUCUCAAGCAGUCGACGAUAGAACCAAAGAGGAACUUGGAGAAGAACCUUUGAAGUUUUCCAAGUUUCGAAUAAGUAAAUCACGAUAUGAUUCAAUUGACUCUUACAUCUCACAGGACGGAAGUAAAUAUAAUGACAUUCAAUUAACUUAUGAUCAAGUUUAUUAUCAGAAAAUGGUGACUGAAGGAGUAGAUCCUCUAAUUGCCAAACAUAUUGCUCAUCUUUUCAUUCGUGAUCCAAUUACCUUGUACCGAGAGAAAAUUGACCAAGAUGAUGAAAAGGAAAUGGAUCAUUUCGAGAAUAUUCAAUCGACUAAUUGGCAAACAAUGAGAUUCAAACCCCCACCACCAUCGGCUCCUGGAAUCGGGUGGAGGGUUGAAUUUCGUCCAAUGGAAGUUCAAAUAACAGAAUUUGAAAAUGCUGCCUUAGUUGUUUUCGUUGUACUUUUAACCAGAAUAAUAUUAUCUUACCGCCUAAACUUAUUAUUACCAAUAUCUAAAGUGGAUGAGAAUAUGAAAGAGGCCCAAAAACGCGAUGCCGUUCAAAGGUGCCGAUUCUGGUUCCGUAAACGCAUAAUUACCCAUACUAGUCCACCCGAAGCUUCAGCCUGUUUACGAGCAGCCAGUUCUAGCGAAACUAAUCCAUCCGAUCAGAAUUGUAAACAAAACUCUAAUCGUAACCCAAACAACAAUAUCUCUGAGAAUGAUAUCGACGAAUCAUGUGUGCUAUUAACCAUCGAUGAAAUAAUUAAUGGAAAAAGCGGAGAGUUCCCCGGAUUGGUACCUCUCUUGAAACACUAUUUACUUAGUGUGGAAAUUGAUGCAGAAACACAUUGUACAAUUAGCCAAUACCUUAAUCUGAUUUCUAGUCGAGCCUCGGGUAAAUACUUGACAACCGCUCAAUGGAUCCGUCACUUUGUCCAAAGUCACACUGAUUAUAAAAAAGACUCCGUUGUUACCGAUAAAAUCAAUUACGAUCUACUUAAGACAAUCAAAAAAAUAACCAAAGGAAAAAUUCUGUGUGAGGAUCUUGUUGGUAAUUCAAGUUACAUCAAAGAGCGACUGUUAUCCCAUAAAAUUUAAUUACUCCAAUCUAAUCAACAAAAGAAACAAACUGUUCUUACAACCCCAGCAAUUUAAAUUGUCCCCAAAUCAUAAUUAAUUGUCUUUGGAUGUUUUGUUGUCUAUUUGUCCAAUGGAAAAAAUCAAAUCCUUCUUUUGAUUACAAUUACAUUUAGUUUUUAUUUAGUUAAUUGGGUAAACGUUUAUUCUAAUGUUGAUUAUGAUCACUAAUUAAUUUAAAUCGAGAUGAGAAAAAGUUUCGAUCAUUUUUUUCGUCUUUUUUUUCAAGUUAAUCAAAAACUUUUAUCGUUAAAAUUUCAAUCAAUUCUUUAUCUUGUACAAUUUACUUAAUUUGUUACCAUCCACCAGAAUAAUUACCAAACAAGUCUACAAUUUAAAUUGUUACUAAUUGUGAUCCAUUUUCACUCAAUUGUCCGACCAAACAAGAAAAAAAAAGAUUCUUAAUUGUAAACACCAAGAGAAAACUUUAAUUUCCAAUUGAAAUAUAAUUUUGUGUUCUAA